GGGGAUUUGUAAGCGGCGGCCAAUACGUCUCUUGGCCGCUCGAUCGUAGCGCAGCGGCUAUUGGUUGCUAACAGGUCUAUGAGGUUGUCGACUCGUUGCUCGAGUUUCCUCACACGCCUAUCUAAGAUGUAAGCUUACACCUGGGCGGUUUGGCAACGACGAUGCACGUGACAGAAAGUGGACUGGAGAUUCAAGGUCGAUGAACGAUCGAAUGCUGGUUAGACGAUCGAAUAGACUCACGAGCGUGUUUUCGGUCCUCUACUCCCGACGGCCUCUUCAAAUACGCAUUCCUUCUUCAGCCUUUGGCACCGAUAGCACCCGUCUGGCCUGUUUUCGAAGGGAGAGCACUUCGCCUUCGCCUGUGUGCAGGAUCGGCACGCCUUACGCCUCCUCGUAUCAUCCGGCGGCAUUUUUGGGGCUCUUGACGGAAGACCCACAAAGGCGGGGCAAUUCAGUGGAGCCAAACCCGACGGCGAGAGAAUUGGAAUGCAUUGUGAGGUGCAGAGGAAGGGAGGGCCAGGUGGAUGUCCACGAAGUAGGAGGAGCGCACAGACCAGCGCCUCGAAAGCCGACGGGACCGGCACCGGCCCCUAAAACCGUCCCGCGCCCCGUUCGCGACAUCAACCGCGUUCAGCGCCGAACGUACCAGCUCGUUGUCGCUCGAGACUACAAUGGCUCCGACAACCAGAUCCGGAGAACUGUGCCUCUUGGGAGAUACGUCGAGCCAAUCGCAAGUGCUUGCGAGCCCCGCUCUGCUGAGAAGAGCACGAGCUUACGUUCCACCACAUGGGGCUGAAGCCCGCAUCUUGGGUAACUGAUGGACCCCGAAACCAGGGUCCUUUUCAAAAGAGAGGGCUUUAGCUAUGGCAUGCGAACUCGGACGGCCGGAAAGGAUUUCUCCGGGGCAGCA